UAAAUAUCUUAAACUAUAUUUACUAAUAUAUAUUGUGGCAGUAUGUCGUUAAGCCUUGACUGCGCAGCAUGGUGUCCGGAAUGAGGACUUUCGUUUGCUGCCUGAUCCAGAUUUCGUUCUUGAUAAACUUGGCUGAAUUUGCUAAGUUUUCCGAAUGCCAAUCCGAUGAGAAAUGCAUCAGAUUGGACAAGUGCUCACAUAUAGUAGACGUCAUUCGGCAGGAUAUUAAAAUGACCUCCGAACAGAAAUACUUAAUGACUCACAAACAGUGUGAUUUAGAUUACCGGUCAAAAUCGUACCUACAGCGGAUUUACGUCUGCUGCCUGGAGCCAGGAAACGUUUUGCCAGAUGUGAACACUUGUGGACAGCGGCCACCCUCUUUCCGCAUUUUCGGUGGCAAAGAAUCUAAGAUUAAUGAUUUCCCCUGGAUGGCAAUGCUGAUCUAUAACAAGGGGCAGGAGGACCAGCUGUCUUUAUGUGCAGGCUCGUUGAUCAACACCCGCUAUGUGGUGACUGCUGCCCACUGUUUGGUCAAUUGGCCGAUGAUCGAGUCGGGCACGGUGGUCACUAAGGUGCGCCUGGGCGAAUGGAACACAUCAUCGAAUCCUGACUGCCUCAGUCAGUUGAAUGGCAGGACGCACUGCUCGGAUCCCUAUCUAGAACUUGAUGUCGAGCAGAGGAUCGUGCACAAGGGCUACCUAAUCGACUCCAAAAGCUAUCAAAACGAUAUCGCCCUCAUUCGAAUGCGUCAGGCAGUGCGCUAUACAACAUGGAUCAAACCCAUUUGUGUGAAGACUUCACAUGGCAAUAACCUUUGGAAUUCAUUUUCUGAGGAGACAAAAUUUAAAAUUGCUGGCUGGGGCAGCACGAAUAAGCGACAAUCCAGUUCAAUUUUAAUGACUAGCAGUAUCGUGCAAAGGAAACCACAUUUAUGUUGGAAAAGGUAUAAGAGGCACUGGCCUGAGUCUCAGUUGUGUGCCGGUGGAAUAGAUGGAAACGACACAUGUGUGGGCGACUCCGGCAGUCCUCUAAUGGCCACUAUCGAUGUCGGAUCCGGCCAAUAUGUCUAUCUAGCCGGCAUCACUUCUUAUGGACCUACACCAUGUGGAUUUCCGGGGUGGCCAGGCGUCUUUACGAGAACCGCAGCCUUCAUUGAUUGGAUCCAGCUGAAUCUGCGCCCUUAAUGUGUUUCAACUGAUUUGUAACUAUUCAAAGUGAUUUAUUGAACAUUUUAAUUAUAUUAAUUAAAUUAAUUAAUCAUCAAUUCAACAAUGUAUCACCUAUUCUUCAACAAAUAAUCCCCUUCUGCACAGUGUACGUAAUAGUGUAAGCUAGCCAAUGCGAAUAUGUGAAUAAAUUAGCAAUUUUA